AUGUCGAAGCCUGGCGCCUCGGCGACGCAAAGCCCUGAGCUCUGUCGGCCUCGGCCUGCGACGGUGCCGGAGAAUGACAUACAGAGUUUCAUGGGACAAGAAAACUGGAGGCAGCGGAUCCGAAAGGAAAAUGCCCAUGCUCCGAAGAGUGUUCAGUUCUCUGUGAGGAAUGCCUGUCGGACCUUGGACGUGCCAAAGAAGCCCUGCCAGGUCCAUCCGUGGCGUGGCGCAGCGAGCGCAGCGAGACAAAGUGAGACCAUUCCGUCCAUGGAGUCAAGGAGUUUCGCGCGCAGCUACGCGCCCAAUGAGCAGUUCCUGUGGCCGGAGACGGCGAUGCACGACGUGGGAUGGCUGGUAAAGGACUCCGCGGAAAGCCGGAGCGGGAUUCCCGUGAGCGAGCGGACGACCAUCUUGGGGCCCAGCAAUUUGGGCUUCGGUUGGCGGCGGCGUUCAGCAGAGAAGCGGCAGGAGUGUUGCGAAUCCGUCCUCCCACGACACGGCUUCGCCACUCCAAGCACUGCUGUGGGAAGCAGCUGGGGUACACAGAUUCUGCGACGACACCCAAAUACUGCAACGUUUGGGGUGAAGAAAAUGGCACAAUGGUGGGUGAUACUCUGCAAAUUCCAUUCAAUGUCUAUUCGUUUUGAACGCAUUUUAAGGCCAUAA